AUGACUGAUCAGAUAAGUCACCUGGGGAAAACACUUAGCACUGCGGCAUCGGUUCUUAUAGGAUCCCAAGAUAUUGAGAAAAACGUCGAGAACAAUCUAUUAUCGAACUCUCCUAGGAACCCAUAUAGAAAGACCUUACAAGAGAGUUUAACCGCAGCUGAUUUCAUGAACCAUGAGACUUUUGAUAAGCUUAGAAAGACAAGAGCUAUUGCAUCUACUUUGUCUGAGGAUAGCAAGGGAUUGUACUCCCAAAGAAGUAGGGAAAAGUAUUUUACCAAUAAGGUUUCUGACAAAAAGACCACAUUUAAAGUGUUGAGCCAUUUAAGUGAUGAUUUGCUGAAGGAUCUCCCAGAAACAGCUGAAAGUAAGAGUAACACCAGAGAUCAAGGUGAAACGAAAUUGUUGAAAGAGUCUGACUCUACCGAUGCUAGUCAAGAGCGUAUAUUCUCACUAUAUCAAGGGUUUGAAGCAUCCAUACCGGUUAUCAACCGGUCUGUAGAGAAAGAGCACUUACUUCUAGAGCAAAAUAAUCAGGAAUCUGCAGCUCAAAUACUGCCGCAAAUGGGUAACAAACCUAGGAUAAGGAGUGGCCCUUGGGAGGACUUACUUGAAUCAAAAGAAGAUACGUACAUUUCCUUGGACUUUAACCCAGAAAGAAUAUCAAAUAUUAAAUCCAAGAAAGAACUAGAAAGAAUCAAUGAAUUAGCUAACAACAAUUUGGUUAUGCUGGAUAUCAGGAAAAAACUGUCCGCUGAUGAAAUUGAUGAAAUCAAGAAACAGAUACAAGAUCUGCAAUUGAAACAAAACCUUCUAGUAAAAAAGAUUGCUGCAAUAGAAGAGAACGAGUUAUUUUUGGAAGAUAUUAUAAGAUUGAUUGGACACCGUUCCGCUGAUUUCUCAAAUGAUACACAAAUUGAGUUUGACCAGGCAAAGUCACUCUCAGGCCUAAAUAAUCCUGAGUCGAUGAUCGAUGCCACAAGACCAACCGCAUUGGAAAGAAAGAACUCAAUAGAUAUUGUAGAAACAUCUCUAAAUGAAAUUAGGACAUCCUUUGAUGGUAGCAAGCAAUCCAUAGAAGGAAAAGAUAACCAUAAUGCAUUAAAUGGAUUCUUUGAAGAUGCCAGUAACAAAAAAUCAAGAAAAGCUCAACCAACAGUUCAGAAAUACUAUAACUCUGGGAAAAAGUUAUCCACUAUACCUAAAGCUCAUGAUGAUGCUAUUACAUGUUUAGAUUUUGACCCCCAUUUCAGUACUUUGUGCACUGCAGGGUACAUGGAUCAUAUAGUUAAGCUGUGGGAUUAUACGAAGAAACGUCAAAUUGGGGCAAUGGAAGGACAUGUUGCAACGAUUAGUUGUAUGCAAGUGGACAAAAACUACAAUAUGGUUGCCACCGGUAGUAAAGAUGCCACAGUAAAACUUUGGAACGCAAAUGAUGUCAUAGGGAGAUAUGAAGAAGGAAAUAACAGUGAAGCAUUACAUACCUUAGAUGCACAUUUAGAUGAGGUAUCAUCACUUUAUAUCGAUGGUGCCAAUUUGAUGACUGCUUCACAAGACAAAACCAUUAGAAGAUGGGAUUUGUACUCUGGGAAAUGCAUUCAAGUCUUUGAUGUUAAUUUCCCAAGUUUAUCUGCAUAUAAAAGCAGCUUCAUGAAAAGCAAUGAAGAUAGCAUGAUUUUAAAAACCGUAAACACUCCAAUUAUUGGGAGUAUUCAAAGCUUUGAUGCUGCUUUAGCUACUGGUACUAAAGAUGGUUUAAUCCGGUUAUGGGACAUGCGUACUGGUGAAGUGGUCCGUGUUUUGGAGGGUCAUAUGGAUGCUAUCACAUCACUAAAAUUUGACGCAACCACCAUUAUCAGCGGCUCAUUAGAUGGAACUAUACGCCUGUGGGACCUAAGAUCAAAUAAUCUGACUGACAUUAUUAGCUAUGAAAAGCCGAUUUCAUCCCUAGAUUUUGAUGCAAAGCAUAUCGUAGUGGCAUCCAAUGAACAUAAUACUCAUAUUUAUGAUAGAAAUGACGGUAAUAAGUGGGAUCUACAGGAUGAAGAACAAGAUACAACAUCCUUGUUCGUCAAAUACAAGGAGAGAUAUACCAUGGAAGGAAGAUCAAACGGUGACAUAGGAAUUUGGAUCGUAUAA